CUGCAUUAUGUCUGGACGUGGCAAGCAAGGCGGCAAAGUUCGCGCCAAGGCCAAGACUCGCUCUUCUCGCGCCGGGCUCCAGUUUCCCGUGGGCCGAGUGCACCGCCUGCUCCGCAAGGGCAACUACGCUGAGCGUGUCGGGGCCGGCGCACCGGUGUACUUGGCGGCGGUGUUGGAGUACCUGACGGCCGAGAUCCUGGAGCUGGCGGGCAACGCGGCCCGCGACAACAAGAAGACGCGCAUCAUCCCGCGCCACCUGCAGCUGGCCAUCCGCAACGACGAGGAGCUCAACAAGCUGCUGGGCAAAGUCACCAUCGCUCAGGGCGGCGUCCUGCCCAACAUCCAGGCGGUGCUGCUGCCCAAGAAGACCGAGAGCCACCACAAGGCCAAGGGCAAGUAAGGCCUCAAGAGCAACGCCUUCGAAACCAAAGGCUCUUUUCAGAGCCACCUACUUUUUCUGCGGAGGAGCUGGGACAGUAGUUUCAUUUAAUUCCAUUGUCAUUAUUGCCUGGGGAAAAGAAAUUACUUCAUGUAAUUAAUUUGGCAAGCAGUUUGAGCCACUUUUCGGACUCCUAGUCAUGUCCUCGGAAUGUCAGGAGGAAGAUAUCAAGAGCUUUGGAGAUUUCUCCACCGGCGCCGGGGCAGCCGUCUCAGCAGGAGCGGUUUCCGACAUGGCGACGGAAGAAACUGCUAGAAGAAGAGAGAUUCAAAACCCAAAGAGCAAGUUUUGCAAUGCUACCUUGC